CUAGAAUUUAACAGUUCUGUUCCAAGAUGUUACAUUUGCAAUUCAGAGAUUUGGAGAACCUUUCAACUGAGAUAUGCCUUUGCAGGGAAGGUACAUAUUUCUACGUUUUGAUUUUGCUAGCUGAGUGCUCUUUUAGGGAAAAUCUAACUCAUACAUUUCCGUUGUAGAUCAGGUAUUCAAUUUGACUUAUGUUUUUGAAAGCUGAAUUAUAUUCAUUUCAAUUUAGUCAUUUCUCGUUAUCUGUCUCAACUUCAAACAACUUUCAAAACCGUUUGCGCCACUGUUUAUAUUCCAACAACCUGCCCAUCUAUGAUUCGUCGCCAUCUGCUUCAAAUAGUUUACUCAAUUCAUCACGGGGCUCACAGUAUCAAUAACCACGGAUUGAGGUGACCAAGUGGCCUCCACAGGGCCCCAACACUCAACGCCGCUGCUGUCCCAUCAGCAUCACAAAAGUGAAAGAUUCAAGACCAGUUUGUUCGCCCGUCCUGUCCGACCGUCCUUUCAUCGGGUGGCCCCCUUCGGUGGACACAACGUUUAGUGCGCGAUUACCGCAUCCAACCCCAGUUAGGGACCAGUUUCGAUGUUGAUACUUCCGACAUUGGGGCCAAAGUGAAUCGAUCGCCGUUGAACCCCGUUAGCUUCUACAUGCGUGUUCGGUGAAGAAAAUCAAGUUCGUUCCGAUUUCCUGGUUGUCAAGACCAGGUGGCUGAACCAGAUAUUAUUAGCUAGUGACGCUUCAAGUUCCAGCAGCAAAAUGCAGCAGCUUCCUGGCACGGCUCGAACAUCCAGCAGAAGAGGCCGGUCAACGGAGACAACGACCGUGAUUGGAUUGAUUUGCUGCGCCGUCGUGAUUUUGCUUACCACCGUGAUGGAACCCGCUCAAGCCCAAAAAGAGCCCGACACCAGCAACGUGUUCAACACCUCGUCCUGCCUCGAGAAACCGUACCGCUGCCCACAUCCGAGAAUCAAAUUCUACCUGUACACCAAACGCACCCAUCAAAACCCGGAGCUGAUCGACGUGCUGGACCGGGAAUCGCUGUACAACACCCACUGGAACCCGAAACAUCCGGUCAAAAUUGUGAUUCAUGGCUUCGGCGGCGGUCGCAACCUUUCGCCGAGUCCGGACAUGCGCAAGGCGUACUUCAUCCGGGGGAACUACAACAUCAUCAUCGUGGACUACGGAUCGGCGGUGACGGAACCAUGCCUCAGUCAGAUCGAGUGGGCUCCCCGCUUUGGCAGCUUGUGCGUUUCGCAGCUGGUCAAGUACAUUGCGCAUCACCCGCGCGGAGUUCCUCCGGACAAUUUGCACCUGAUUGGGUACAGCGUGGGGGCGCACAUUGCUGGGUUGGUGGCGAAUUACCUGACGCCGGACGAGGGCAAGCUUGGUCGCAUUACCGGACUGGAUCCGACCAUCUUUUUCUACGCCGGGACGAACAACUCGCGGGAUUUGGACUCGAGCGAUGCGCACUUUGUGGACAUUAUUCACACGGGGGCGGGAAUCCUCGGCCAGUGGAGCGCAAGUGGACACGCUGACUUUUACGUGAACGGUGGGACCAGCCAGCCAGGUUGUGCGAGCAGCACCAUCUUUCAAACGCUUGCCUGUGACCACACCAAGGUCACGCCAUAUUUUAUCGAGUCGAUCAACAGUGAGAAAGGCUUCUGGGCUGGUCCUUGUACCACGUUGGUGUCCUACCUGCUCGGGUGGUGUGAACCCAAGGACUCCGAGUAUGUGCUGAUGGGGGAGCACGUGUCGCAAAGGGCCCGUGGCGUCUACUACGUGACGACCAACGCCAAGCCGCCUUACGCGCGUGGGUUCCCCGGCAAGAACCGCAGGACGGCCAAGAACUCCGAGUACAGCGGAGUUCGACGGAAAUAGUUCACGCCGCUGCUGCCAUCAAUCGAUCCACCCGCACAGUCAUCAAAAGCAAAACGGUUGUGAUAACAGAAAAAAGAACAAAGUGAACAAAAGUAAUGUGGUGUGACAAUCGAAGACAAAUUUAUGGAUUUUAGGUAGUUAAGGGUGCGCGCGAAAAUGUUGACGCCAAGUUGACGAUUACAAGAAAUGGAAGGAAAAAUGCAACCAAACAGGUUAACAAGUAUAAUUAAUGCAUUAAGGUAGCAUGUAUAUCUGUCUACUAGGGUAGAUGCUAACAUUAACAGUGUACAAACCAGUUUAUUUAUGCACUCUGCUUAGAUUACUAAUCAGGGCGCGAUUGGAAAAUAGCAGAAUCAGCAAACCAGUUGGAAUGGAUUUGGAGUGAAUAAUUUGCACCCGCAAAUCGCCUGCCAGCUGAAUGCAAGAAUAAAACAACUAGCAACUCGCCAAAUAGACGUAGAUUUCAGGAGAAGCAGUAAUGUAGAAUUAAUCGUGGAUUACAGGUUUUGUGGAAUGUGUAGUUGAUGUUAAGUUAGUGAACUAGUACGAGUAGUAUUUGUAGUAUAAUAGUGUAUCAUAGUGCGUUGUACACAAAGUGUUCAUAGCUGAAAUGAAAUUAAAGUGAAAUUUAAGCUG